UAUUUUUAUUUUAUUAAUUUUGUAAUUAGAGACUGAAGUCGUCGUCUCCACUUCUAUGGUACUUUGUUUGGUGAGUUAGGGAUGGAUGAAGUGUUAUAUAUAUGGUUAUAGACAGAGCUAAACUCACAGUGCCAUAUUGAGUGUGUUUGUUCCAAUACCUUCCCUUUGUGACGAUGAGGAAUCCAGUUGGUCUUAAAUUCAUGAUGUUUAUGUUCAUGAUGUUUAUGUCGUGUCUGGUGUCGCAGUUUGUUUAUGGUGAAGAAGAGGAUGUAAGAUGCAUAGAAAGAGAGAGGGAAGCACUUCUCCGAUUCAAAGCUUCCAUUGUAGAUCGCUAUGGCAUGCUCUCUUCUUGGACCACUCCCCACUGUUGCCAGUGGGAGGGAAUUCGCUGCAGCAACCUCACAGGCCAUAUUCUAAUGCUCGAUCUGCAUGGAGAAGUUCAUCUAGAAAUUACUUUCAAUUUUUACAUUGAAUUUUCGUCAGAACGUUAUAUGAGCGGAGAGAUCCACAAGUCGUUGAUGGAGUUGCGACAAUUACAGUAUUUGAACCUCAGUUCCAAUUAUUUUCCAGACACUAAUAUUCCAGAGUUCAUUGGCUCUCUUACCAACUUGAGAUACCUCGAUCUUUCAUCUUGUGGUUUUGACGGAAAAAUUCCAACCCAAUUUGGCUCUCUUUCUCAUUUAAAAUACUUGAAUCUUGCUUCGAAUUAUCUGGAGGGUUCAAUCCCUCUUCAGCUUGGAAGUCUCUCCCAGUUACAAUAUCUUGACCUCCGUUUCAAUUAUUUGGAGGGGAAUAUACCAAUUCAACUGGGAAAUCUCUCCCAGUUACAAUAUCUUGAUCUCAGUUUCAAUGGUUUGCAAGGGAAUAUACCAAGUCAACUUGGAAACCUUUCAAACUUACACGAGCUCUAUAUUGGAAAUGACGGUCUCAGAAUUGGUGAUGGAGGUCAGUGGUUAUCUAAUCUCAUUUCUUUGACUCAUCUUUACAUAUUCAGAAUAUCAAAUCUUAAUAGUUCUCAUAGUUGUCUCCAAAUGAUCGGUAAGCUACCAAAAUUAAGGGAACUGAGUUUACAAGAUUGUAGCCUUUCUGAUCAUUUUUUCCUUUCGUUGAGGCCAUCUGAAUUCAAUAUUUCUGCUUCCCUCUCGGUCCUUGAUCUUUCCCAAAACACUUUCAUAUCACCAAUGAUAUUUCAGUGGGUGUCAAACUUCACUCCCAGCCUUGUUGAACUUGAUCUUAGUCAUAAUCUCUUGGAGGGUUCUGUACCAAAUCACUUUGGUUUGGUAAUGAAAUCACUUGAGCACCUUAACCUCUACUCUAACAGAUUCAAGGUUGAAGUUUUCCAAUCUUUCAUGAAUAUAUGCACCUUAAAUUCUUUACACAUGGGUGGAAACAAUUUGAACCAAGGUCUUUCAUCAAUUCUUCACAAUUUGUCUACUUCUUGUGCUACAUAUUCACUAGAAGAAUUGGAUCUAAGAUUUAACCAAAUCAAUGGUUCUUUCCCAGAUUUCUCCAUAUUCACAACUUUGAAAAGAUUAGAUCUUUUUGGUAAUCAAUUAUCUGGGAAGAUACCUGAAGGCAUAUUACCAUCUCGAUUGGAGUCAUUGUCACUCCCAUUCAACUCUUUAGAAGGUGAAAUUCCAAAGUCAUUUGGAAAUACAUGCACCUUACGCUCAUUGGACAUGUCCUCUAAUAGAUUGAGUGGAGAGUUUGCAUUGAUAUUUCAAAACUUGUCUGGAUGUGCUAAAAACGUGCUACAAGAUUUGAAGUUGGAUGGAAAUAAUAUCAAUGGUACAUUUCCUGACCUUUCAGGAUUUUCAACCCUGAAAAUAUUGGAUCUUUCAGAAAAUCAAUUAAGUGGAGAGAUACCAGAAGGUAACCAAUUGCCAUCUCAGUUGGAGUCUCUCUCGGUUAAAUCAAACACUUUAGAAGGUGGAAUUCCAAAAUCAUUUGGCAAUGCAUGUGCUUUGCGGUUGUUGGACUUGUCUAACAAUAGCUUAAGUGAAGAGUUUCCGGUAAUAGUUCACCACUUAUCUGGGUGUACUAGAAAUUCAUUGGAAAUCUUAAGUCUAUCCAUGAAUCAAAUCAAUGGUACAUUACCCGACUUAUCUAUUUUCUCAUCUUUAGAAGAACUAUAUCUACAAUCAAACUCCUUGAAGGGUGUGCUAAGUGAUCACCUGUUUUCUAAUAUGUCAAAGUUAAAUUCAUUAGACUUAUCUGGAAACUCUUUAUUAGCCUUGACAUUUUCUCCAAACUGGGUUCCACCUUUUCAGUUAUGGAAUGUAAGACUCCAAUCGUGCAUCCUUGGUCCAACAUUCCCCAAUUGGUUACACACACAAAACGAGUUUAAGGGUUUGGACAUUUCAAAUGCUGGAAUAUCAGAUAAGGUUCCAAAGUGGUUUUGGACUAAAUUAGCAUUGCGAAAAUGGAUUUCAUUGAAUAUUUCAUCCAAUAGUUUAUAUGGUACAAUUCCAUAUUUUCCAACAAAGAAUCCUUAUUCUUCUCUAAUUCUGGGAUCAAAUCAAUUUGAAGGCCCUAUUCCCCCAUUUCUUAGAAGUUCCACAUUGCUUGAUUUAUCUAAGAAUAAGUUUUCAGACUUUCUUUCAUUUUUAUGUGUGGGCAAUCCAAUUGGAAUAUUAUACCAGUUAGACCUUUCAAACAAUAGCUUGUCUGGACAAAUUCCAGAUUGUUGGAGCCAUUUCAAGUCAUUAGCUUCUUUGGAUUUGAGUCAAAAUCAACUGUCAGGAAAGAUUCCUACUUCAAUGGGAUCCCUCUUUGAUCUUCAAGCAUUGAUUUUGAGAAACAAUAACUUAACAGGUGACAUUCCUUUCUCCUUAAGUAGUUGUACAAAUCUAGUGAUGAUAGAUGUUGCGGAAAACAAUUUAUCAGGAUCUAUCCCAACUUGGGUUGGAAGCAAAUUAGGAAACUUGCAAUAUUUAAGUUUAAGAAGGAAUCAUUUCCAAGGAAAUUUACCACUGCAAAUUUGUUACCUGAGAAACAUUCAACUCUUGGAUCUCUCCCUGAACAAUUUGUCUGGACGAAUUCCUAAAUGUAUAAAAAAUUUUACUUCAAUGGCUCAAAAGGAAUCUUCGAGAAGAGGUCAUUGGUAUGAAGUUGAGACUGCACGUUUUGAAGGUUCUCAAUAUUAUGAUUUGAAUACAUUCUUGACGUGGAAAGGUUCAGAACAUAUGUUUAUGAAUAAUGGAUUGCUACUUUUAAAAAGCAUUGAUCUCUCGAGCAACUACUUUUCAGGAGAAAUUCCAAAAGAAUUUGAGAUUUUAAUUGAAUUGGUUUCAUUGAAUUUGUCAAGAAACAAUUUGAGUGGAAAAAUUCCUUCAAAUAUUGGUAAACUUACAUCACUUGAAUUUUUGGACAUUUCAAGAAAUCAACUGGUUGGUUCAAUUCCAAUGAGUCUUACUCAAAUUGAUCGACUCGGUAUGUUAGAUUUAUCACAUAAUCAUUUAGUUGGUGAAAUUCCUCGGGGCACACAAUUACAAAGUUUCAAUGCUUCAAGCUAUGAAGAUAAUCUCAAUCUUUGUGGACCACCACUUGAUAAAUUGUGUAUUUUCGAAUUAUCACCAGAAGAGAAAAAAAAUAAAAUUCACAAGGAUAAUUAUUCCUUUUUCAACCGUGAAUUUUAUAUCAGCAUGCCGUUUGGAUUCAUUAUAAGUUUUUGGAUGGUAAUUGGAUUCAUGAUAUUCAGAAGUUCUAGUUGUUGAACAAUGUUCUAUAAAGCAUUGAUACAGCAAAAUGUUACGAGAUAAUAUUAUUGUAGCCCUUCAUUAAUAGUUCAUUUUAGCAUGAUUUUCUUUAUUUCUAUACAGUUUUCAUGUAUUUAACAUCAUAUUUUCGCACAUCCUAAUUUAUUUCCUCUGCCCUU